CGCCCCUCCAUAUAAGCCCCGCCCACGUUCCCGGAACAGGAAGUACCUGUCAGUGCGUUGCUGCUGACGUUGACGCUGUCCACAGCGGCUAUGGCGUCCACAGAUCAGUCUCUGCUGGACCUCACUGACAAGGAAACCAGGGAGAAGCUGUCUUUAUGGGACCGCCGCACGGACGCCACGGCUCCCCUCACGGAGAAGCAGAUGGACUCCGUCCUGGAGAUCCGAGCUGCGGCUGAAACUCUGUCUGUACCCUCGGAGCUUCCCAUCGAGGACCUGUGCAGCCUGUCCUCUCGGUCCCUGCAGUCCCCCUUCACAGCCACUGUCCCCGCUUCCACUGAAGACGUCCUGCUCAAAGGUUUCCAGAUGCUGGAUAUGGAAAAUGACAGGAUCGAGACUGCACAGCAGUUUUUUGCCUGGUUUGCCAAGCUCCAGUCAAACAUGGACCAGGAUGAGAGCGCAAAGUACAGGAAAACAAGAGACGAUCUAAACUGCUACCAGGAACAAUGUGACGCUAUUUUAAAAGACGUCAGUGCAGCUCUUGAGCAGUUGGACUCGCUCCAAAAGCAGUACCUGUUUGUCUCCAAUAAAACUGGUGCCCUGCAUGAAGCCUGUGAGCAGCUCCUAAAAGAACAGUCGGAGCUGGUUGAUCUGGCAGAGAGCAUACAGCAGAAACUGUCAUAUUUUAAUGAGUUGGAGAACAUAAAUACGAAGCUGAACUCGCCGACCUUGUCUGUAAACAGUGAGGGCUUCAUUCCAAUGCUGUCGAAGCUCGACGACUGCAUAGAAUACGUUUCUUCACACCCCAACUUCAAGGACUAUCCGGUCUAUUUGACCAAAUUCAAGCAAUGUCUCUCCAAAGCUAUGCACUUCAUGAAGAUCCACAUUGUAAACACUAUGCAGAAUCUCACAAGCCAGUUAACAAAAAGGGAUCCUCUGGGUUUGACAAAUGCAGACAACGCCUUCACACUUUAUUAUGUUAAGUUCAGAGCAGCUGCACCGAAAGUUAGAUCACUCAUUGAGCAGAUUGAACAGCGAGCAGAAAAGAUCCCCGAGUACCAGCAGCUCCUCGACGAAAUCCAUCAGUGCUAUCUUGACCAGAGAGAGCAGCUCCUCAAUCCCUGCAUCAGAUCCACCAUUACAGACUUGACCAACCAAAACAGCAAAGACCACUGUGCUCUGGUUCGCAGCGGCUGCGCGUUUAUGGUGCACGUGUGUCAGGAUGAACACCAGCUGUACAACGAGUUCUUCACCAAACCCACACAGAAGCUAGACGAGCUCCUGGAGAAGCUGUGCUUAUCGCUGUACGAUGUCCUCCGGCCUCUGAUCAUCCACAUCAUCCACCUGGAGACCUUGUCCGAGCUCUGCAGCAUCCUGAAGAACGAGAUGCUGGAAGACCACGUCCACAACAACGCUGCCCAGCUGGGGGCCUUUGAUGCGGUGGUGAAGCAGAUGCUGGAGGAUGUUCAGGAGAGGCUGGUCUACAGGACUCACAUUUACAUCCAGACCGAUAUCACGGGCUACAACCCAGCUCCGGGGGAUCUGGCCUAUCCUGAGAAAUUGGAAAUGAUGGAGAGAAUUGCUCAGAGCUUGAAGGAGGAACAGAUGAAGCAGAUGUCACAGGAGUCCAUGUUUUCUGAUGUACAGCUUGAGGAUCCCGAUGGCAGAAGAAACAGUAACGCUGGCAGUGUUGAAGCAUCUCGAAUACAGACAUCUGUCUCUCCUGCUGAUCUGCACGGCAUGUGGUACCCCACUGUCAGGCGAACCCUGGUUUGUCUAUCCAAGCUCUACAGAUGUAUAGACAGAGCGGUCUUCCAGGGUUUAUCUCAAGAAGCCUUAUCUGCGUGCAUCCAGUCCCUGCUUAAAGCUUCUGAUAUCAUCCUGAAAAACAAGACACAAAUAGAUGGGCAACUUUUCCUGAUCAAGCACCUGCUGAUUAUGCGUGAACAGAUUGCCCCAUUUCACACCGAUUUUGCCAUCAAGGAAAUCUCACUGGACCUGAAAAAAACGCGAGAUGCUGCCUUCAAAAUCCUCAACCCUAAGGCUGUUCCCAAAUUCUUCCGACUUAACAGUCACAACGCCAUACUUGAAUUCCUGUUGGAGGGAACACCGGAGAUAAAGGAGCACUACAUUGACUCAAAGAAGGAUGUGGACCGGCACUUGAAGUUCAGCUGCGAGCAGUUUAUCCAGCAGCAAACUCAGAUCUUUGUGGGGAACCUUGAGGAGUUUCUCACCAAGGUUGCAGCUCUUAAAACUAUGGCUAUCCAAGGCGGUCCCACAUACAGUCUGUCUCAGCAGCCUUGGGCACAGCCAGCGAAGAUCAACGACGUGGUGAUGGCGACCUACCGGGUGAUGAAGAGCAAGCUGCCCAGCACUUUACAGAGCAUGUCCUUGUACUUAGCCAAUAGAGACACAGAGUUCAUCCUUUUCAAGCCUGUCCGGAAUAACAUCCAGCAGGUAUUCCAAAGACUGCACGCUUUGCUUCAGGAGGAAUACAGUGGAGAAGACCUUCAAAUCAUUGCCUGCCCAUCUAUGGAGCAGGUUAACCUGCUGCUGUCCGUGAAUAAGUAAUGCCUGGUGUAGCGCUGUAAUGUUGGCGAGUACCCCCUGGAUAGCAACAUGCUGCUGCACCUCCAGCCCCGACCAGGAGCUGGGAGGCUGAGUGGGAGAGAUGACCAGAAUACCGCACACGAGCUGCAUACCGGACCAGGAGGGCUGAACUGAUUGCAAGAAA